UCUCAGCGACUUCCACCACAACUGAAUAAUUUGAAGGAAAAAAAUCGAAGAGAAACAACCAUACCCUCAAGCAUGGGGCACAAGCUGUCCAGAGGCAGGGAAAACGUCGACAUUGUCCCCCAAGGUCGUUUCUCCAUCAGCGAGGAAGCUCCUCCGAGAUACAUUGCGCGCGAGGAAAAUGAUGAUGCCUCCGCAUCCCCAGGUGUCCAUCACGUGUCUGACAUCACGGAGGUGCCUCAAAUUGUUGUAACCAUGGAGGCUGGCGGGGAUUCCACGGUGCGCCAGGGCUCGACGCAGGACGUUAGACGGCCAUCCUUGUACAGCACCCUCGACGAAGUACCACAGUUGGACUUUUACACCAACACAACUUUCCUGGGCCGCCAGAGACGCAACAGGCCAACUCUGGAAACUCUUCGAAGGGCAUUUGAUGAUGGAGACACAGCCAGCAAUGCAGGGAGUGCAGCAACAGAAGCGUUGCCCGACCUGUCAGACGUACAAGGCCAUGUUGAAGGGGCAGCUACAAAGGCGAAGGCAGCCAAGCCUCCUGUUCGUUUCGGCUGGGUCACCGGGGUCAUGAUUCGUUGUAUGCUGAACAUCUGGGGUGUGGUUCUGUUUCUUCGCUUGUCAUGGAUCACAGCCAAGGCGGGAAUCAUCCUCACCUGGGUUAUCAUCCUGUUGUCGGUUGUCAUAACCACUGUGACUGCUCUCUCUGUGUCUGCAAUUUCCACUAAUGGAAGAGUAAAGUCUGGGGGCGCCUACUUUAUGAUCUCCCGGACCCUUGGCCCUGAGAUUGGAGGUCCUAUAGGGAUGGUCUUCUCCUUUGCCAACGCCAUAGCCUGCGCCUUUCACUCGGUUGGAUUUGCCGAAACUGUUGGGACACUUCUAAAAGAGAAUGAUGCUAUCAUGGUGGACGAUGUGAACGAUGUGCGCAUCAUUGGGGUGAUCACUGUGACUUUGCUUCUGCUGAUCUCACUAGCUGGAAUGGAGUGGGAAGCAAAGACUCAGGUCCUGUUCUUCCUGAUGCUCAUGGUGACCUUUGCCAACUACUUUGUGGGCACAUUUCUUUUCCCGACGCCAAACAAACAGGCACAGGGUUUCUUCAGCUACCAGAAGGACAUUUUCAUCGAAAAUCUGCUGCCAGAUAAGAGAAACAGCGAUGGAUACUUCUUUGAAAUGUUUUCUAUCUUUUUCCCAUCUGCCAUUGGCAUCCUGGCUGGGGCCAACAUUUCUGGAGACCUUAAGAAUCCAGGACAUGCCAUUCCCAAAGGAACCCUGAUGGCCAUACUUGUCACCACCAUCAGCUAUUUGGCCAUCUCUGUAACGCUUGGUGCGUGUGUGAUCAGAGAUGCCACAGGAGACAUGGCAGAUCAGCUGAUUAUGAAUGUGACGGAGGUCUCAGUAAUGACAGAAGCGUGUGAGGGUCUCGGCUGCCAGUUUGGAUGGAACUUCACUCGCUGCUUACAUGGCGCAGCGUGUCAGUAUGGCCUUGCAAAUGACAAACAGGUUUUAAGGAUGGUCUCUGGCUUUGGGCCUCUGAUCAUCGCCGGUCUCUUUGCUGCCAGCCUGUCAUCUGCACUUGCUUUUCUCGUCUCUGCCCCCAAGGUCUUCCAGUGUCUGUGCAGAGACAACAUCUACCCGUAUAUUAGCUUUUUUGCAAAGGGUUAUGGGAAGAACGAUGAGCCUCUCCGUGCCUACCUUCUAACGUACAUCAUUGCUUUGGCCUUUAUUUUAAUUGGUGACCUAAACACAGUUGCCCCUGUGAUAUCCAACUUCUUCCUCUGCUCCUACGCUCUCAUCAACUUCAGUUGCUUCCACGCCUCCAUCACCAACUCUCCAGGCUGGAGGCCUUCGUUCCGCUAUUACAACCGCUGGGUGGCAUUGUUCGGGGCCGUGGUAUCCGUGGUGAUCAUGUUCCUGUUGACCUGGCAGACGGCUCUCAUCACCCUGUGUCUCAUCCUGCUGCUACUGGGAUACGUCACCUACAAGAAACCAGAGGUGAAUUGGGGCUCCUCCAUGCAGGCCAACAAGUACAACAUGGCACUGUCCUACUCAGUGUCUCUGUCUGGAGUGGAGGACCACGUGAAGAACUACAGGCCUCAGUGUCUGGUUCUGACAGGCCCGCCACCGCUUCGUCCAGCACUGGUGGACUUUGUGGGCUCCUUCACCAAGAACAUCAGUCUGAUGAUCUGUGGAGACAUUCUCAUGGACGAUAAGUCAGCUCUACCUCAGCGCAGUGCAGAUAGUCUACUCAAGUGGCUGAACCGCAGAAAGGUCCGCUCCUUCUACACUCAGAUGAAUGGGGACUGUCUGAGGGAAGGAGCAAGAACACUUUUACAGGCCACCGGUUUGGGUAAGCUGAAACCAAACACACUGGUUAUGGGAUUCAAGACUAACUGGAGAGAAUCUGCGCCAUGCAGCCUGGAUGACUAUGUAAACACUAUCUAUGACACGUUUGACGCAAACUAUGGUGUGUGCAUUCUGAGACUGAUGGAUGGCCUUGAUGUCACCGAAGAGCUAAUGUGUGAAGAUAAUGCUGGAUUUGAACACGACGAAUCUCCUGAGCAGCAAAGCAGCAAUGACUCAACAGAAGAGGAUUCAGAUCAAGACAGUUUCCAGCCAGGUCACCAAGACCAUACCCCCAAUGACCAGAUCACCACAGUCUUCCAGACCAAGCAAGGGAAGAAGACCAUAGAUGUGUACUGGAUAUCGGAUGACGGAGGCCUGACUCUCUUAAUUCCAUACCUGUUGACCAGAAGGAAACAUUGGCGCAACUGUAAAGUCCGUGUUUUUGUAGUUGGGCAGCAACAAACCAUUGAGGAAGAUCGGAAAGAGAUGGUGUGUUUACUCCAGAGUUUCCGCUUGGAUGUCCAUGAUGUCAUCGUUAUAACCGACAGCGAACGUCCGCCGCUUGCUAAAAACGUGAAGAGAUUUGAGGGCUCCAUCGCCCCCUUCAGGUUAAGUGGGGAACAGGAGGAUCGCAUGGCACCACUGAGAUCAGACAGCCCCUGGCCCUGGAGACUCUCCGAAAAAGAACUGGAUGCAUUUAAAACCAAGUCGGAGAAGAAGGUGCGUCUGAAUGAGAUCAUUCGGAGGAAUUCUAAACAUGCUGCUCUAGUCAUUGUGAGCCUCCCCGUCCCCCAGAGUGACUGCCCCAGCUCCCUCUACAUGGCCUGGCUGGACGCCCUGACAUGUGGCCUGCACUGCCCAGCUCUGCUCAUACGCGGCAACCAGCAGAACGUGCUCACCUUCUACUGCCAGUGAGGCUAAUGUGGCCACGCCUCUGAAAGGAUCUGAUUGGAUAUAUCACUCUCCGCUGUUGCAACAUCCGCUUCCUGUUUUGAAGGAGGUGUACUGGAACUGACUGUUGUAAUCAGACAAGUUCUGUUUUUGAAGCAAAGCAGGAAAAACGGUUUUCUGGUUUCCAUAGAAAAAAGUGGGGUGUGAGUUAAUGUCUAUACCACAGGA